UCCUGCAUCCGGGCUCGGCCGUGAGAGCUGGGAAGGCUGGCAGGAGACAUGGAGGUUCGCGGCGAGGAUCCCGCGAACCCGGGCUGUUCAUCCUCCACCCGAGACCGCCCCGGAGUCCCUGUGUCCAAGGAGCUGCUGACGGCCGGGAGCGGCGGCCGCGGAGGUAUAUGGGACAAGCUGCUCAUCACUGCCAAGCCUGAUUCCAAGAAGGCGACCACUCUUCAGACCGUGCGUGUGGAGCGGAGUCCCUUAUUGGAACAAGUCCAGAGCUUUCUCCCACAGAUGGCACAGGCAAAUGAAAAGCUAAGAGAAGAAAUGGCAGCUGCGCCACCUGGGCAUUUCAACAUUGAGAAUACUGACGGGACCCUCGGGAAGGUCAUCCAGAUGGAUGUGGCCUUGUUUGAGAUGGAUCAGCUGGACUCGAAGGAGGACCAUUCAGAAGAGAGUUCAGAAGACACUUCGGACGAGAGUUCUUCAUCCGAGGAUGAGGAUGACAGCAUCUCUUGUGAAGUCACCGUAGAUAACAUUAAGCUUCCUAAUUUGGAAGGCAGAAGAGGCAAGAUUGAAGUUCUGGACAGUCCAGCAAGUAAAAAAAAGAAAUAGUGAAACAGACGGUGAGAGAGAAGCAGGUGGCAGAUGCCAGUGGGUUCUGUGGAAGAGAACGGGGCUCGCUGGCCCUUCUGCAUUUCAGGUAUCGAUGGUGCUUUUGUGUUUUAGAAGGAAAAGUUUAAACAAGAACAGAGCUGGAGCCAAGACGGAUUUAUGAGUCAGGCAGCACUCCAAACGCCAACGGGGGGUCAGAGAACUGCCUCCUGCAGCAUUGGAGACAAGCUGUGGGGCCGCUGCCUGGGGACAGGCAGUGUGGAUGGAUGCAGCUGGUUAGCGCUGAGUGUUCGCCUUUUGCUCCUGGUUUUAUUCAGUGGCUGCCUGGGAUUGACUGUGUGUGCACAUCUGAGCCCUUACAAACACAUGGUCCUGGGUCUCAGAACGUGCAGACUACCCUAAGCUAAUGGCCUUCAACGUAAACACAGCACCUGCUGGGUGUGCUGCUCUGAGAAGCCAGGCUGGCUGUGCAAGAGUGGGAACAUGGGACAUUCUGGUUUCUUCCAGUGGGAAAUUGAUCAUAUGCUAAAGAGAUUGCCUAUUUAGAAGCAUAACUCUGUGUGUGGUGAUGGAUGCCUCUAGAGGCCUCUUCUUUCUUCAGCAUGAAUUUCAGAAGUACCAGACUUACUUAUUUUAAGAUACAACUGCAAAUCACCAGUUUGUUUUUGUUUGAAAUUAUCCUCUUGGAGAAAACAGUGUCGUUUUAUAAGCUUAUUUUGAAGUCUAAUUUAUCUGUCACCCUCCAAAUGAGUUCCAUGAGUGAAUUUUUUCAGAAGAAUGACUUCUGUUUAGCUAUCCUGUCUAUCUUCCUUAAUAAAGGUUCCCUUGUAGUUUGAA